AUGCUCGCAUCGGAGUUCAGCGCCACCGGGUGGACCUCGUCGGCGAGCUCCGCGAAGAGCGGGCUGAAUCUGAGCAGGAACGGCUCCCGGCAGGUCGUUCCCUCCGGGCAGAUCACGACGUCUCCGCGGCGGAGCUCCGCGGCGAUCAUGGCCUUGUCUUCUUCCCUGAUCCUCUUGAGCAUGACGGUCCUGAUCGGGGAGAGCAUCUGGGAGAGGGCAGAGACGCCGUAG